AUGCGUUCAGUUUCCCUCCUUGCUGGCGCUAUCCUCUGCUUUUCUACUCAGGCCGUCGCUGGUUUCUCAUUUGAGGAUGUACCCAAUGGAACGAUAGGGGCAACUACACUCUUUGCACGUGCGAAUUCUUGCCCUUCUGGACAGUACUACGACAACGGCUGCAAGCAAUGUCCAGCAGGUUCUUAUUGUACUGGAGAAGGAGGAGCAAGGCAAUGCGAUAAAGGUCAAUACUCUCGAGCUGGUGCAUCCGCAUGUACUGCAUGCCCAUCUGGGACAUACACAGACCAAAAGGGCAGCGUUCAAUGUACGACUGCCCAAUGUGGGUGGUAUGCCACUGGGUCCAACGAAAGCAACGAUCGAGGGUCGGAUGGACAAAAACAAUGUGGGAGAGGGUUUUAUAGCUCACCAGGCAGCACAACUUGUAAAAAAUGCCGGGUCCUAUUGCAAUUCCGCAACGACAUGCGAGCCCGCUUUGUGCCAACCUGGGAGGUAAAUCAUAAUUUGAUUGACGUUGGAUCGAAUUCUAAUCGGAUCAUCCGAUUCUCGGCCAAUGAAGGUGCCAGCGACUGCACAGAGUGUGCUGCAGGGACAUACAUUAACCGGUAUGGAUCGACAUCUUGUUGCAAAUGCUGCGCCGGGAGCUUCCAAAGUUCUACCGGGCAGACCCACUGCCAGGCCUGCCCAGAACAAACACGACCUAACGGACAAGGAAAGGUCUUGGUCACAUCCGAACCAGGAUCCAAGAGUAGUCAACAGUGUCAUGCGUAUGGACUUGGUGACCCAGCACCUAUCCCGGGCGCAUGUGUCGACAGCUCUGUGACCGAAAACCAGGCUGUUUGUCCCGCAACCACUGGCCCGGUUCCAACUGGGUUACGCAAGCGUACUGUCCCUCGAGGAUGUUCAAACCGGAGACACACCAUGUGCGAGGUCAAGUCUGGACGCGGUGGUUGGGAAUGCCUUGACACUGAGACUACACUUGAUGCUUGCGGGUCCUGCGACAAUGACUGCUCGGCCAUUCCUUAUGUCGGAGACGUGAAGGUUGGGCCAUCGGACACCAGCCAGGAUAUUAUCCAAACACUGCUUGCCACCCAAGGUGUCAAGGCGGAAAUACUGGGAGAUUUAGAGAGCAUUGUCGGCGAUGGGGCAGAUUGGGAAUGGUCACUUCAGUAUGUCCGGAAGGAGCCUCGGGGAAGGGUAUGGCAAGACGAUGAACUGGAUGCACUAGACGAUGGCAUUUUGAGCAAUGAUUUUCCCGCAGAACGGCUCCUUCCAAACCGAUCCGAAUCGAAACCUGAUUCUCAGAGACAUUUUUCGGCAUUUCCAUUAACAUCACAUCUACAUUCACCUACAGUCCGCUUAAUAUCACAGCACCCUUACCUCAGCUUUCAUGUUGCCUUUGAGCGAGUUCCAGAAAUAACGGAUGGCUUUGUUAUGCAAUGGUUCAUUGCGUAUUCUUCGACCGUAGAGGACGUCAUCAACGAUAUUGCGGACAACCUUGGUCUUACAGUCUAUCUAGCCGGAACGGGCGGCGGGAAGGUAGAUUAUGUUAUUGAAACAUUUACGCCGGACGGUGGGAAAGAGUCGGUAGAGCGAUUGGAACCUUCUGCAAGUGUCACAGCAGUAUUACGGAGACUAGCGCCUGGAAGAAGGAUACGUUUGGUGGUACCCGAGGAAUGGUAUCGUCGCCCCAAGUCGAAAUCUUUCUCCUCUCACCUUUCACUCACUGAAGACACCCUCAAGACUGCCGCCUCCGUCGAUGAAUCGAAUCCUUCGGAUCAGCAGGAAGAACUUGAUGAAAUCGGAGAUGGGACAGCCAAGCAGAGCUCUCGACAGUCACCUUCGGUCCCAUCCAGUCCUGUUAUUCCUAGACCUCGACCAUUCUCAGGUGUCUCAAACUCGUCCGAACCCGAUUCUCCUUCUCGACAAUCAACGAUUUCGUCUCAUCGCUUGUCUUCUAUCUUCGACAGUUGGCUCAGUAUAUCACCCAAUGGUGCGAUCACCUUGCCCUCACAGCCAAAUGCAGCGCCAGAGAGAAUCAGUGUUAGUUCACCACUGCCUAUUGAUCCUGGAAGUAUGCGAGAUGGAAAAAAGGAAUAUCAAAAUGUGGUGGAAUCGGAAGAGCAAAAGACGGAGUUUGAAGAAUUUAUGGAUGAAUUUGGUAUCAAAGCAGAGCAAAGACCGAAGAUGAGAGAUAUGCCAUGGGAUCGAAAGAGAUAUUUGAUCGAGCAAAGCAAGAGCCGCGCAUCGGCGGCACCAGCUUUAUAUAAUAACAGCAAUGCAUCAUCCGCCACCGUUGGUCCGGCAGGCGCAGGCUCAUUGGUACCCAAGCUACUUCCCCAGUUGACUGGGGGUGCACUUGGAAGAUUCACCGUCGCACGAUUCGGAAGCUGGAAUGCCGCCACGGCACCCCAUGGCGCAAACACAUCAUUUUCAUCUGGUGAAAUGUCGCCAAAGUCUCCCAAGGGCUCUAUCAAGCGACAGAUGUCAUUUGGGUCCAGGCGUACCAGUCUCGAGCCAACAGCAGAAGAGAUAUCUGGACUUGCUUCACCCCCAAGGUCGCCUCCCCUCUCACCCAAAGCAAGUCUCUGGGCUUCCUGGUGGGGUACUCCCGGACAGCCGGUGACGGCAGAAGGGGAGCGUUCAAGCGAUAAAGGGAAGAGUGCUGUUGCAGAAUUGACUCGUCUGGGUCAAACCGCCGGCGCACCCCAUUCCCGAGUGAACCAAUCUACCGUCGGGCCAUACAUAGCUGGAAUAACCGGGAACAAGACCAAUAGCACGACGUUAGUCAAGCACUUGGUCAGCCUGAGGGUACAUGCUGCAACAGCCAAGUUGGAUUGGAUAAAGGAGUUUGUUGGACCAGGCCAAGGCAUGGAAGCCCUCUCCGCCUUAAUUGUUGCGUUAGUAAAGAACAGGGAAAAGAGGAGGAAUCUAAUACAAUCGGAGUCCAUGUCGCUUUUGGAGUGUAUCAAGUGUCUCCGAGUCCUCGUCAAUACGGACCCUGGCCUGUCAAAGAUACUUACGAUGCCUAACCUCAUAUUCCAAAUAGUGACCUGCCUCGAUACAGGAAACGCGAAGAUUCGUUCAAAUGUCGCUGAUUUAUUGGCGGGAAUAUCCGUAGUCUCGGAAGACCAAGGACACCGAAUGGUACUUGACGCGCUUUCAGACUUUGCAUCAGUCAAUCGCGAGGAGUUCAGAUUUGAACAACUGAUUGAAACCAUUCGAGUUCCUAAUAUAACGCCAGACGAUGUGGAUGAAACAUUUUGGUCCGAAAGGAUGCCCGCGUUGGUGCUUCUUAUCGCUAUAACUGCUUCAUGCCCGGAUCUUGAGCAACGAAUAGCAUUAAGGGACGAACUCAGUAGGCGAGGUUUCAACGAAAUCAUUGUUACUCUGAGGUAUCUCAAUCCGCCCGCAACCAUUACAGAGCGGCUAGACGGCUACUGUGAAGACAAGCUUGACGAUGAGGAAGAUCUACGAGCGCGGAUUAGAAAGCAGUUUGAUCAAACAGAAAAAGAGCACGAAUAUUGGAGCAAUUCUGAAUCCGCAUUGAUAUUCGAGAGGAUUCUGGCUCUCGCUGACGAUUACGAUGGCGUUCCGGACACUAUCCUCGAGAUCCUUCGCUCUCACUUACGAAUUCUCGAACAGCCAACCACACUGGGGGUCAAGUCACGAAUCUUUAUUGUUCUACACCGGUUUGUUUCUCAGUUGACCACAUUGGAAGACGUUGAGCAUGAAUGGGUCCCACUGCUCAGAAGAUUUGUCGACUCAGUCAAAGAUAUCACUGGAGUUUGUCCAGAGGUCUUAGACGAUAUUACUGCGCUUUCCAAUGCUAAGCUUGAUGAGCUCCGUGAACAGCUGGAAAAAUUGGAGCAAGGCCAUUUGGACAAGAUACAAACUCUUGAAGUGGAGAUCAGUACACUAAAGUCGAUGCAAGAAAGUCCGAUAUUGAAAGGGUCGGGCCAGGAGAAUAUGCAUGGUAUUGUCCAAAGGCUUGUACAAAAGGAAAAAAUGGCGGUCCGUCUUCAGGCAGAGUUGGAUCGAUUGCGUAACGAGAACACGAAACUUGUUGAGGCUUCAGAAGAGCAGGAUAGAAUCAGGCGUGAAAGAGACCGGGCCAAAUGGAGCGCCAUGACCGAAGAAAUGUCAAACAGCAGAGCCAAAAUGGCGGAGAUGGAAACACUAUUACGCGAUAAAGAAAAACUUGUGCUUUAUCUCAAGCGUUCAAUGGAGGCACUUUCCUCGAGAUUCGAGUCCGGCAGCGGCACAAAUCAAGUGGCUGCGGAGAGACCAGACGGUGAUUUUGAUGCAGAGAGUAUCACCAAACAUGCAAUGGACGAGCUUUCCGCCAGGGAACAGCAAAUAUCUGGACUACGUCAAGAGUUAAACGAGCUCAGAAACAAACUCGAGGAAGCUCAGUCGAGUCUCAAACAGCAAACAGCCGAGCGUGAAUUCAAAGCUCGCGUUCCACCUCCGCCUCCGCCCCCACGGCGUCAAUCCCAGCCAUUUAAUGAUUCAGGUGCAGAAAACGAAUCUUCCAAGACCUCACCUCCACCUCCGCCUCCACCGCCACCAUUGCCGCCAUUCGGGCCAGCUGAGUUACCAAUAGCAUCGCCUCCGCCUCCGCCUCCACCCCCUCCCCCAACUGUAGUUUCUCCGGCCCCACCCCCGCCUCCACCCCCGCCUCCACCUCCACCCCCUAGCUCGACCCCUGUGUCUUCACCGAUCGUUAGCAGCGCUCCGCCACCGCCGCCGCCACCACCAGCACCACCAGCACCACCAGCACCACUGUUAACACUACCACACCUUGCAACCCAAGUCUCGCCCCCUCCGGCCCCACCACCACCACCACCGCCCUCACUAUCACCUCCAGGUAAUGGCAUACCACCUUCAGCAUGGAAGAUCUCGAAACGUAUGAGUGGUUCCGCAGCCCCUCCAGGCAAGAAGCUAAAGCCUUUCUUCUGGGACAAAGUUUCUUCUACAGGCAGCGUACAAACUGUAUGGGGCCAACUUGGUAUGAUGGGAGGGCAAGUCGACCUUAAUGACUUAGAGGAGGUGUUCUCUUUGGACCAAGCGCCGCCCAAACCUGUCAGUACUUCGAACUUAACAAAGGGCAAGGCACAGCAAGUCACAACAAUGCUAGACAUCACACGAGCCAAUAACGUUGCCAUUAUGCUCAAGACGCUCAAACUAUCUCCUACCGCUAUUCGUGAAGCUAUAUUAACUGUGGAUGAUGAACGGCUGUCGGCUGAGGAUCUAGUCAUGAUAUCAAAACAGCUUCCUACAACCGAAGAGGCGAAUCGGAUACAAGAUUUUGGUGAUGUGGGCAAACUCGCAGAGGCUGACCGGUACUUUAGCGAGAUUUUAAGAAUACCGAGACUUCAGGAGCGUUUAUCGUGUAUGAUCUACCGCCGGCGCCUCGAGUUGGAUAUAAUUGAGGCCCAGCCGGAUUUAUCAAUACUCCAUGAUGCGGCGGUUGAACUUUGCACCUCAGACAAACUGCGCCGAUUACUUCAGGUUGUCCUGGCUGUGGGUAAUGCGUUAAAUAAAGCGACGUUCCGAGGUGGUGCAUCCGGAUUCAAGUUGAAAUCGUUGAUGAAGUUAAAAGAAACCAAGACCGCAAAAGCAGACUCUGAAUGCCCAACUCUACUUCAUUAUAUUGCCAGGGUUUUACUACGCUCCGAACCUUCGACAAUUCUCUUUGUCGAACAAGCUCCUCACUUGGAAUCUGCCGCCAGAAUCUCAAUUCAAACUGUCAUGUCAGGUGUGAAUAGCAUUGAAGCUGGGCUCAAGAAGACUACCUCGGAAGUCAUUUCCUGCAGAAAAGCUUCAAAUUCCCCAUCAGAUAAGUUUGGCUUGAUUAUGCAGCCCUUCAUCAGAAGCUCAGCUGAGAGCGUCUAUUCGUUGAAAUCCCUUGCCGAAUCGACCCAAGUAAAACUCGUUGAAAUGGUCUCUUAUUUCGGGGAAACAACCGAGGGGCCUGAACCUACGAGGCCCGAGGAUGUGUUCGAAAUGGUUCUCGCUUUCUCUUCGUCCCUACAGAGGGCCGCAUUGGAUGUCAAUGCAACUAUGGCACAGGCACCUCCGUCAGUUGUAGUUGCAAAGCCCACACCCAAGCAAGAAAUACAAGAGCUUUUAUCCCCAUCCGAUGCUGCUGCCGAGGGCAGUAUUAGCACCGUUCACCUUUCCGCUGGUCGUGGUGACCUAGAUCAAGCUAUCCGAAGCUUGCGCAAUGGUAGGCGCCGGGCGCGCCAGGACAGGCCAUUAAGCAAGAUAUUCCUCGACGGAGGAAGUAACCGCCGGAGUCGCUUGUUUGAAUCAUAG